CUUACUGCGCAUGUCCUGACCCCUCAGAUUGGGAGUCGCAGCAAAUGGCGUCCUCCAUGAGCGGGAUGUUUUCUGGACAACAACCGACUGUCUCUCAUCCUGCUGGGGCAGCUGGUGCCCCUGGGCCACCGGGUUUACUACCCGUUACUACCGGGACCAGGGGUCCGAACAACAGUACUUUGGUGGACGAUCUGGAAGCUUCGUUCGAGGCAUGUUUUGCAUCCCUUGUGAGCCAAGACUAUGUUAACGGCACCGAUCAGGAAGAAAUUAGAACCGGAGUUGACCAGUGUAUCCAAAAGUUCUUGGAUGUUGCCCGACAGACUGAAUGCUUUUUUCUGCAGAAAAGAUUACAGCUGUCAGUCCAAAAACCAGAACAGGUUGUGAAGGAGGAUGUGUCAGAACUAAGAAAUGAGCUUCAGAGGAAAGAGCUAUUAAUUCAGAAACAUCUCACCAAAAUUCAUCAUUGGCAACAAGUACUGGAAGACAUUAAUGUUCAACAUAAAAAACCAACGGAACUUCCUCAGGGUCCACUGGCAUUCUUAGAACAGGCUUCAGCCAACAUUCCCGCACCUAUGAAACCAAACUGACUCGUCUGUGUGCUUGGAAUUAUGUGAAAAAUCGAAAGCUGAAAUUUAACUUGUGUAAAUAUUAGAUAUGAAUGCAUCAUUACUGGGGUUGCUAAAUCUUUUGAAUUUGUAUAGGUUGUUUUUUUUUUGUAUUUUGACAUUAUAUACUACAAACAAUUUCAUAAAAAAAUGAUAUAUCACUAAUUGAUGUGAUUGUUGGACCAAACUAAAACACUGGCAGGUAAAUAGUGCAGGUUAUGUUAAGAUUAGCCUUUGACCUAAGUGCCGACCUGAAAAGUAGAAAAUUAAAUGUUUGUCAUGGUGAGAUGAAGGAAUAAAGAAUGUUGAACCCCA